UUCGCUCUCCAUUAUGAUCACUUUAUCUCUCUCUCCCUUUCUUUGAGCUUUCAUUUCUACACCCCCCCUCUCUCUCCCGAUUCGAAACCCUAGAUGAAUACAUGCUAUGAAAUUUUCAAGCCUUUAGAGGAUCGAUUUGGAGCUCGAAUUGAGGCGUCAGCGUGAAACUCUCCCUCUUCAACAAUUGAAUGCUUGAUGUCAAGGCAUAUAGCAGAAAUCUUUCUACUACACCUUGCCCCAUCGCCUACACAGUUGCAUUCUGAGGGGGUAGGACAUCCAUGUCAAUGAAUUUUACUCGGCAGCAGAGUUUAGGAGAUUUCUACUUUCUAGGGCUUUCGGUUGAAGAGAAUGAGAUUUGAGUGACACCCAAUGAACAGAGAAGAGGUAGCGAGUUUCUUCUGACAAUUUAAGCUGCUGAAUAUCUGUGAGGUGGGUUAUCUAUGCCUGGCAACGAAGUUGGAGAUAGGAUCCACAAUUUCCUUGGGCAGGAUAACUGGUCCCAGGGCCAGCACCAAUCACAGACUGUUGACGGGACUUGGUCUGGCCCAAAUAAUAAUCCCUGGGCUGGAAGUCAGAGGCAGAUUGGCACACCUCUUAUUUCUAACUUAAAAAAUGACAAUGUACAUCACCCAGCUGAUACUGAGAGAGGAGGUGAAUCAUCAAGUGUGCAGCUUGGCAUGUACUUUUCACAUUCAAAUCCCAGACCUGAGUUUGCCAGAAGCCAGAGUCAAAGCCAACAGCCACCUUUGAAUGGCUAUAUGCAUGGCCAUCAAGUUCUCCAGACAAACCAGAAUGAAGAAAACUUUUUGGGAGUGGAUACAGAAUCUGAUCGACGUAGCAUGACAUCAAAAGGCUUUUCAAUGCUUGAUUCACAGCUGGCAGAUGGUCCUGAAUUUCUCAAAAAGAAUUCAGUCAGAAUGGAUUUUAAUGAAUCUCCAGUUAAUUAUGAUUUCUUUGGAGGUCAGCAGCAAAUUAGCAGUCAGCAUCCUGGCAUGCUGCAAUCUUUUCCUAGACAGCAGCCAGGGAUUAGUGACAUGCAGCUGCUACAGCAUCAAUUUAUGCUUAAGAAAAUACAAGAAAUGCAGUGGCAGCAAGAACUUCAGAAGCAAGAAGAUGCAAGGAAACUGAAUUCAGUCAAUCAAGCUUCUGCUUUUGCAAAACAGGCAGCUGGCAACUCACAGCCUUUGAUCAACGGCAUUCCUAUUCAUGAAACAUCAAAUUUUUCAUUGCAGCCUGAGCUCAUGGCAGCUAGCACAAACUGGCCGCAGCAAGGUGUGCCUCCAGUUAUGCAAGGAUCUGUUAGAGGACAUAUGGUUUCCCCUGAGCAGGGCCAGGCACUGCCACACAUAGUGGGUAUGGUUCCGCAGCAGGUUGAUCAAUCUCUUUAUGGUGUCCCUAUCUCUGCAAUGAGUCUGACUCCAAGUCAGUAUUCUCCUGUCCAAAUGGAUAAGCCUUUAAUGCAGCAGGUAUCAGACAGCAGUAACUCCUUAACAAACAAUCAGUAUGCAUUUCCAGAGCAGGUUAGCGUGCGGGAUGGAGCAUUGAUUUCUAGACGGGGAUAUCAGGGGAAAAUGAUUGCAUCGUCUGAUGGUCAUGGUAUAAAUAGUGGAUUUAAGUGGGAAAACUUGCAUCAAGUGAAUCCCCAGCAAAACAAUGAGCCAGUGCAAGAAAUUUGCAUGAGGCAAGACCUGGCUGGUCCAUCAGAAAUAUCAGAAGAGGAAACCAUGAUACAGGUUGCUCCUUCCCAGAAUGUGGCCACCCUAGAUCCAACCGAGGCAAAGAUUUUGUUUGGGUCCGAUGAUAAUUUAUGGGACGCAUUUGGCAGGACCACCAACAUGGGUUCUGGAGGUUACAAUAUGUUGGAUAACACAGACUUUUUCAGUACAUUGCCCUCUGUGCAAAGUGGGAGUUGGAGUGCUCUUAUGCAAUCUGCUGUAGCAGAAACUUCUAGCAGUGAUACACGGCUACAAGAAGAGUGGAGUGGUGUGACCUACCGAAAGAGCGAACCUCCAGCUGUGAAUCAGCACACUCCCACUGCAAAUGAUAUUAGUAAACAGAAGUCAAAUUGGGCUGAUAAUAGCUUGCCAUCUGCCUCUAGCUUGAACACUCGACCCUUCCCUGUGUCUCAUGAAACCAAUACAGGUACGACUUAUAAUAAUAACCGAGGGGUUCACCAAUCUGGAGUCAAUACUUCACAUGAACAGAGUGAGAGGUUGCGGACUGCUUCUCUUAGGCAUACUCAGCAGUUUCCGGGGGACGAAACCAAGUGGCCAGAUAGGAGACUCCUACAACAAGCAGCUGCCGAAGGCAGUCAUUUUUAUGGAAAAGCUACCCAUUCUUCAGAUGCAGCAUCAAAUGCAAAGAGCAUUCCAGGCUCUUGGGCAAAUCAACAGAGCAUGCCAUCAUAUAGCUCCAGUGGCCAACCAUUAACUAGUCGAAGUGGCUUGAACUUUAUGGAUUCUGCGUCUCCCAUCACAACUGCUGCUUCAAAAUAUCAGGAAAAUGAAAAAUCAUUCAAAGAUUCUCAGAAUGCUGAUAAAAAGAGUCCCAUGUUUGAGGUGAUGGGUCAUGGUGCUGAUAAAUGGAAGACUACUUCUGUUUCCAAUUCUACUGCUGAAUUGGAACAUGCAAAAUCUUCCAUGACAAGCCCACUUGUCAACCAAGAAGAUACUAACAGGAAUAAUGUUGCUGCAUUGCCAGAUUCAAGCACUGAGAGGGCCAACAUGGAAAGCAGCAAACAGCUUUCUAAAAGUAAUAAUAUUGAUAUCUGGAAACAUGCUGGUUUUUCAGUGAACCAUAAAGGAAAUGAGGUUGCAGGAAAGUGCCAACCCCAUAUGGUCAAGAAUGAUCAUUCUUUUGAGUCAUCGAGAAAUAGUAGUUUGGCAAACAGGGCAGUUGAAACUCAGGAAGUGCAGCGCUCAAAUACAAAAGAUAACACAACUGAUAGCUUCCCCAAUAUAACCCACCAUGCUUCUGCUUUUGGCGCAAGGGAAAACACAUGGUUGGGUGCAAACGAUUCUUGUUCUUUGUCCAGAGGAAAGCAAAAGUCAUCCAGUCCUAUAGGUCGAAAGCCAUCUGGAUCACGCAAAUUUCAGUAUCAUCCUAUGGGGGAUCUGGAUGCUGACAUGGAACCUUCUUAUGGAACAAAUCUCGAGGCAAAUUCAUGGUCUAUUCCUCAGCAGGUUUGUCAAGGGCUAAAGGGUCUUGACCAAGGAUAUGGUAGUUAUCCAAACUUUCCUAGUCAUGCAGUUAGAGAUUCUGUUGAAAUUGAGAAGGGUCAUUUGUCUGGCUUUCAAGGAGAAACAAAAGGCUUAGAUGAGAUACCUCCAAAAAGUAUUCCUCCAGGUUCGGCACCUGGCUUGUCAACUCCCUUUGACAGAACUGUUCGUGCACCAAGUAAAACCAUGACAAGCAAUCGAAAUAUGCUGGAGCUCCUUCACAAGGUGGACCAAUUAAGUGAACAGGGAAAUGAAAUGCACUUCAAUUCUAAGAUGCCUGAAGCUGGAACUUCUGAUGCAUCUUUUCAUGUUCAGAGGGAUCAGUCUCCUGCUUCUCAAGCUUUUGGUUUACAACUGGCUCCUCCAUCCCAAAGGGGGCUCAUUCCAGAGCAUGCCCUUCCUUCUCAGAGCCCCACGAAUGCAAUUAUUUCUACAAGCUCCUCAAUGCAUUCUGGCAGUAGUGCCCAAAGAAAUUUUGCUGCUGCCUUUCCCCCUGGUUUCCCUUAUUCAAGAAAUCAUCUCUCCAAUCAGCACAAGACUGAUACAGGUGGACACACAACAACCAGUAAAUGUGUUAAUGAAUCUUUUGAUCAAUUUUCUUCUCAACAAAAACAGACAGAUGAGUCUUCUGAGAGAGAUCAAACUAAUCAAUCUGCAUUACCAUCGGUGUCUGACUCAUCCAGGCAUGCUUCACAUAGUGAUAAUGCCUCUUCUCCUGACCAUGCAAGAGAUUCUGCUCAACAAUUCUCUUUGCUGGAAGUUGCACCAGCUCCCCAGCGCAAUGCUUUAUCACAAGAUGCUGUUUCUUCAAAAAUGUCACCUACUAUGUGGACCAGUGUUCCAUCUCAGCUACAUCCAUUUGGUUCUCAGCCAUUUCAGACUUCAUCCAGUAUGUUUAAAUCCAAUCUUCUAUCACAUAACAGUUCAGGCACAACUUUGACUCUACCACAGAAGCCAGACAAUCAAAUAAUGCAAGUUGGAGGGAGCAGUCAAGCUGAAUCUGGUUCCUGUUUGAUGAAUUCACAUGGUUUUCUUGGGAAAGAGCAACCAUCAAAAGGAGACCACUUGCAGCAAGUUUCACCUGAGAAUGAUUGGGCCCAGAAUACAAUGAGCGCUUCACAUGAGAAAGGCUCUGUUUUGAAUCAUCUUACUGAAACAUCUCCUUCAAACCUAGCCAGUACUCGGAAACAAAUCGAAGCUUUUGGACGAUCUUUAAAACCCAAUAAUACUUUGCAUCAAAAUUACCCACUACUGCAUCAAAUGCAGGGCAUGGAAAAUGAGGAGGUGGAUAAUGGUAAUAGGAGUUUGAAGAGAUUUAGAAGUCCUGAUGCUCCCGUGGAUCCUCAACUGGUAACUACUCAGGGAGGUCAGCAGUUUUAUGCACACAACAAUAUGGUCACAGAUGCACCGGCAGACUGCACUCCAAUUCCCCCUGGAGAUUCCAAGAUGCUUAGCUUUUCAGCAAAAACAGCUGAUGUUCAGGACUCAAAUGCACCUUCAAAUGAAAUGCUUGCAUUUGGUCGGCAUGAUUCUCAGAGUUUUGCUAGUAGCAAUGGUGCAGUUUCUGUCAGAGGUGAACAUUCCCAGAUUAGUCCCCAGAUGGCUCCAUCCUGGUUUGAUCAGUAUGGAACCUUUAAAAAUGGACAGAUAUUACGAAUGCAUGAUGCACAAAGAACUAUCUCCAUGAAUACUUCAGAAAUGCCUUUCACUGCUGGAAGACCUGAUGAUAGAUCGCGUGCUCAUAGUUCAAUUGAGCAAGGAAAUGCUGCUGCUGCUGCCAGCCAGUUUGGUAUAGUCCAAAAGGGUUCAACCUGCUCAUCAAUAGCUAGUGAGAAAUUUUCUUCCCCUCAGUCUUUGCAGCUUGAUUCUGGUGAUGUGGGCCUGGUGGUUAUGAGACCAAAGAAACGUAAAAUUGCAGUGUCCGAACUUGUACCAUGGCAUAAGGAAGUGAUGCAUGGUCCUCAAAGGCUUCAGAAUGUCAGUGCGGUUGAAGUUGACUGGGCACAGGCAACAAAUAGAUUGACAGAAAAGGUGGAAGAUGAAGUUGAAAUGGUAGACGAUGGACUGCCAGUCCUUAGAUCAAAGAGGAGGCUUAUAUUGACUACACAGCUUAUGCAGAUACUCCUUCGCCCUGCCCUGGCAUCAGUUUUCUCUGCAGAUGCUACUUUGCAUUAUGAGAAUGCUGCCUACUUUGUAGCCAGAUCAACACUAGGAGAUGCAUGCAGCAAACUCUCUUGUAAUGGAAGUGAUACUCCUGCACCUUCCAACAGCAGAGACCUCCUGCCCGAGAAGAUAAAAUCACCUGACAAGAGUGUUGAUCAAUACUUCUCAAAAGUCAUGGAAGACCUUAUCAGUAGAACAAGGAAGCUGGAGAGUGAUUUGUUGAGAUUGGACAAAAGAGCAUCAGUUUCAGACUUGAGAUUGGAAUGCCAAGAUCUAGAGAGGUUCUCUGUUAUCAAUCGUUUUGCAAAAUUCCAUGGACGGGGUCAAGGUGAUGGUGCCGAGAGCUCAUCAUCCUCAGAUGCAUCUGGAAAUGCCCAGAAAUGCCUUCAGAGAUAUGUCACUGCACUACCCAUGCCUAGGAAUCUUCCUGACAGGACACAAUGUCUUUCACUAUGAUAAUUGAUUAAUUGAUUUUUAUCUUUUUUGCCAAUUUCUCAACACCCUGCCCACUUGAUCGAUUUUCUUUUAAGCUAUAUAUACUGGCCCUUGCUCGCCAUAGCGCGCACACAAGAGAAUGUAGGAGGUUGGGUGCGAGAUUGCCUCAAAUAAAAGGGAGGCUGUUAGAUCCUUUAAAGUAGGCCAUUGAUGUCAUUCUUGCGAAAUAUGAUCUGGUCUUGUAUAUUGAAUAUCUAGAGAGAAAUUGGAGUUCCCCAUCAUUUUUCCAGUAAAUGGGGAGACCAGAUGUGCAGUCUGGUUUAGCAAAUGAUGUUUACACACAUAGUUAAAAAAUUUAGCUGUGUUCUUGCACAUAACGCUUUGUUAUUGGUGUUUCUAUUCAUGAAAAAAUGGCUGCCGUGGUGCAAAGUUCUGAA